CUAACUUCGCACCGACAUAGCAAAGGUAUUUAUCUUCAAGUUAUUUACACAACAGUAACCAAGAAUUAGAAGCCAUGACUAGUAACACAGUCCUUAUCGGAGCUGCAGUGUGCUCCUCGCUUGCCGUCGGCUACCUUCUUGGUAAACUCCACGGCUCGUGCCGAUAUGCAGACGACUAUAUUCAAAGGCCUGGUAGAGAGUAUAAGAAGACUGCUGGAUUGAAAACGUUUCUCGAAUAUGUCGCCAAAUACUCCUCUGCAGAGCAUCAUACAGUCACUGAACUGAGGAGGGUAAUUUGCGAGAAGCUGGAGGAAUUUUCACCUAAGGCGACAGAGGCUGACCAAACAAACUUCAUAACUCAGUUGGCAAAAGCGAUCGGAGCAAGAAAGGUUCUCGAAGUGGGGACGUUCGCUGGCACAACUUCACUUAGUAUUGCACUUGUUUUACCCGAAGACGGUCAAAUGGUAACAAUAGAUUUCAAGGAGGACUGGGUCUCCACAGGACGCCCAAUCUGGGAAAAGGCUGGGGUAAGCCACAAAAUUAGGUCUAUAAUAAAGGACGCAGCCCAGGCUCUCGAUGAAUUGCUUGUUAAUGGAGAAACUGGAACUUUUGACAUGGUUUACAUUGACGCAGAUAAGUGGAACUAUCCUGUGUAUUAUGAUAAAUGCAUGCAGCUUGUACGCAAAGGAGGAAUUAUUCUAUUGGACGAUACGCUAUGGGAAGGCUAUGUUUGUGACCCAAAGAUCAACAAGGAUGGCAAAACAUCAGAGGUUGAACCACUCGACUAUCAGAGAGAUUCAAUUGAGUUAUACAAGUACCACCUUCCGUCAAUAUACAAAAGGAUUGCUGUCCACAUGCACGCGUUGAACAAGAAAAUAGUUAAGGAUCCACGGGCACUGGUUAACAUCUUACCAGUUGGAUCGGGCCUUACCAUAGUCACAAAAUUAUGACGUGUUAUGAAUUCUUGACCCAUUUAUUGUUUUCAGUUUCCACGUAAAUGAUGAUAAAUCAUGUUUGCUUUCAAUAAAGUUAUCAAAUGCUAAGUAGGCCUGAAAAGAUCAGCUUUAUGAGGCUAUGGUGUGUCCUUCCAGCACUCAAUUACUAGUUGAAAUCACUAAAAUUAUUUUUGUGAGAAAGA